UUGUCGACGCAUCUCUCAUUAUAUUCCAAUAAAUAAAUUUCCACAAUAUCAGUCCAGCGCCCAUUAUAUUAUAAUAAAAACAAUAUCCGCACUUUAGUCUUAGUUCCGCACUACAAAAGCUAACUUCAGGGUUCCGCUACGAAAAUGUUUAAAAUACUUGUGCUCCUUUGUUUGGUGGCCACGCCCACUGGCAGCGUGCGCUUUAAGUUAACAGGACUUGAAUGUCAAGCGGUGGAUCCGAAGUUUUGUGCCUUCGAGAAUUGCAUAAUAAAGCCAGUUAGUCGAGGCAUCAAGGAAAUCAACGGAAAAGUCAAAUUGCUGCAGGUGCCGGUGGAUAAUAUAACGAUACGCUUUGAACUGAUGCGCCGCGGCCAUAUAGAGCACAUGUUAUACGCCGGCGAUAUCGAUGGCUGUCAGUUUUGGAAAGGUAAACGCCGCAAUCCAAUUGCCAGCAGCAUUUACAAGUCCUUGCGCCUGGACGUCUUCACCAACAUCAAUCACUCGUGUCCCUACAAUCACGACUUAAUUGUGGAUCACCUGCGACUCGACGAGAAUCUCAACCUAAACCUGCCCAUAGCAGUGGGUGAAUAUGUGAUUAAGCUCCAUUGGACGGCCUACAAUAUUCUGCGCGCCAUUGUCAACUGGAAUUUACAAAUUGAAUAAGGCUUACAUUCGAAAUUUACAACUGAUUUAUGAAGUCCCUGCUAGAGCCUGAAUGUGCCCAUAUAUUAUGUUAUAUGCCCAACUGCUGAGCAUCAGAUUUUGCUCUAUCA